CUUCAGCAUAGUUCGAUGAGAGAAUUGGAGAGGCGGGCGCGGACUCACGCACAGACGCGCUUGGCUGCCUCUGUAUUUGAGUCAGGAGGGAGAGCUGUCAUCGGCCGGGGCUGCUGCUGCCGCCGCCUCGACAACAUUGAGAGGAGAGUGUAGUUUGUGAUCCUCAUCCCGGGGAAAACAGUGGAUUUAAAAUAGCCCUGGCAUCAACGGAACAAAAGAACACUGCGGGGAAGACGCCGGGGGUUGGGAGCAAAAUUGAAUCCGAGCUGUUGCAACACACGGUCGCUCGCUCGUUUCACGAUGCCUGUUAACGGGACUCGGCAUCCGAUGAAGCUGGAGGGAGAGUCCCGCAACCGGGAAACGGCAGAGGCUGAGAGCGACCGCAGUCGGACCCGGGACCGGUUCGAAGCCACCUUGGCAGGACUGGGAGAGCUGGAUUUCUUGAAACACAGGCAGGAGUACUUGGUUCGGGGUGCAAUGGAAUUACUGAAAGCCUCGGAGAAGCCGGCAGCUCUGAAAGACGAAAGAAGAAAGGCUUCUCAAGGGGAACUAUAUUUGACCCCUGAGGAAAAGCAAUUAGAAGAUAACAUCCUCAUGUUGAGGAAACAAUUGAACUGCUUGAGGAGGAGAGAUGCUGGCCUCAUUAAUCAGCUGCAGGAGCUGGAUCGACAGAUCAGUGACCUUCAGUUGGAUGCAGAGAAAGGUCCACAUGACAACCUAGAAACGGACAGCAGACCCAGUUCAGGGUUUUACGAACUGAGUGAUGGAGCCUCCGGAUCGCUCUCCAAUUCCUCUAAUUCCGUUUUCAGUGAGUGUUUAUCCAGUUGCCACUCUAGCACCUGCUUCUGUGGCCCUCUGGACGCAUCGCUGAGCAUCACAGAUGGGCGGCCCAAGUCAACAGAGGAUUUCAUUGGCUGGAGGGAUUAUGGAGAGGGGCUGCUUGAAUGCCAAUAUGCCGGUGUUGUUCGACGUUCCUUCUCUGCACCCUAUUCCAGUUCACUUGAUGUGGUUGCCGACAUUCAUCCCAAGUAUCAGUGUGACUUGGUUUCCAAAAACGGUGGUGAUGUCUAUCGGUACCCGAGCCCUCUGCAUGCAGUCGCUGUACAAAGUCCAAUCUUUUUCCAUCCUGCAACCGGGAACGUUAAAGAGGAAGGGGAGAAGCCUCCGGGUGGUGUGAGUACUUCACCAGUGGCACUGGAGAGUGAAUCUGUAAAAACUGAGCCCACUGUUCCAGCCCCCCAGGUCAGUUCUUGUCCAGUUGUGCACCCUUCUACAAUGAAAAAGCUGGAUAAUUAUAUACUCGGCCUCCUUCAGAAGAAAAUCCCGCCUCUUCGACCCAAUAAACCAAGGACUAGCCUCAACACAGACCCUCUAAAGGGGAUCUUGAGGCAAGGUAGUAUCUGUGUGAAACAAUCAGUGGUGCCCCUUAACACUGAUUUGAAAGUGCCAAGAAACCUUCAUACCCAUUCCCUUGCAACCAAUGGCUCUGAAUGCAGUGUGGCAUCACCACAAAGGCAACUUCCAGGCAGUGAAAAGAAACAAGAACAAAAUAACACGCAGGAAUCUAAAACAGAAGCGAUAAGUAACCGAAUAACAGUUCAGACUAACGUUAAUGAAGUGCAGAGUGGUAGCUUGCCUCAGAAGAAGACCAACGUGCUGACCAAUGGACUCACUAAAUGCCCUGUGACUUUUGAUUAUCAAGAAGGUAAUGGUGAGUGUGGCACAUGCACCCCAAAAGAUAAUUCUCAUCAGCACGUCACAGUGCAUGAAGAGAAUGGUGUGCAACCUCCUAAAGUGGCGUUUCCCAAAAGACCGUCGAGACUGCUGCUGGCUUCCUUUCCUUCCACAGUGGAAGAAAGACCAUCACUAGACGACAGGAGUGAAGCAUCAUCUGCGCACAGUUUGGAGGGUACUGGGCAGUUGGUGAAUGCCCAUUUCAUUCCAGCACAGCAGCAGCAGCAGCAGCAGCAGCAGCAGCAGCAAGCGAUGAAAUCCCGUAAAGGCACCAAAAAUGUAAAGGUCAGCAAAUUUAAGAGUUCAACGUUGAAGCCCAGGCCCCACUGUGAAGCACCUCUUCCAUCAAACGCUCAGAGCGUAAAACAAAAACCUAAAGCCGCUCCAAGAAGGUGCCAUUUUUCUGACGACGUUGAACACGUGAAGCGGAAUGCCAAGCGGCCUGUGUCCCGAGCGAAGAAGACCUUCUACACCAUAUCUGAGAACAAUAUUGUGGGUAGACAGACUGGGGCCAAAUCCACCAAGUGUAGUGGGCAGGCAAGGGAAGCUGUCCUGGUCAAGCCCAGGUACAAACAAAGAAUUGAAUACCGAAAGUGGAGGACCACUGCCGAGAUGACCCGUGAAGAAGCAAUAAAACGCUUCAGAAGGCGCAACAGGAAAGAAGUGCCCUGUCCGCUGCCUGGUACAUACUUACAGAAUGGUGGCCUCCCUGCUCUGAAAGGAAGUGAUUCGGAAUAUUCAGCCGAGUGCGAAUCCUUGUUCCACUCCACUGUGGCGGACACCAGUGAGGAUGAGCAGAGUAACUACACCACCAAUUGUUUUGGAGAUAGCGAGUCCAGUUUGAGUGAAGUUGAUUUCGCCGGAGAAUCCACUUCAUCCAGUGACUCUGAUGCAAGUGGUGCACUGGUCUGGCCACAGUUCACCCAGUCUCGACCUGCACAACCAUCGACUGCUGAGUUAAAGAAGUCUCCACCAAAGGCCUUUGUCAAAAUCAAAGCAUCGCACAAUCUAAAGAAGAAGAUCCUACGAUUCAGAUCGGGUUCACUGAAAUUAAUGACAACUGUAUAAGAGAAGUGGAAAUUUGUUGCUGAGAACUCCAAAUGACACAGGAUCUUAUUUUGAAUUGUACACUCUAUGGAGUUUAAAGAUUCAGUUGUCAGAAAUAAGCAUGUACGUUUUGAACUCGGUAUUCUGUGCAUGAUAUUAUUGUUCAAUAUUAGCUCCAAAUUGUACACUGCUAAUUGUAUAUACUACCUGUAUAUUAAUACAUUGUUUCAUGCUUUAAUAAAUUGUUUUACCUUGAAUCUUUAAACUGUUUUAUAAUUAACUGUACUUUUCCCCUUUACAUUUUGCAUAAAGCAAGUAAAGGUUUGAAUUGAUAAAUUCAGUCUGAAACUGUAAAUAAUGUUUGAGGAACCAAUAGUUGUUGCACAGAGGAAGGUCGGAUAUGAAUAAUCAAAACUGGUCUCUCCAAUACCAAUGCAGUAUUCCGAAGAUUCAUUUAACCAAUAAGUAAAAAAUUAUGAAAAAGCCAUAGAAUAAACAUAGGGCAUCUAACUGUCCAAGUGUGCACUUUUUCCCCCCAUGUAAUCUUGUCUAAUCUUGUUCUAUCAAUGAACUAUAGCGUAUUAUAAUGCAGGAUUGAAGUAUCUACUUCCUUAAUGUGGAACCUGGAAUACUCAAAAUUCCUGAGCUCAGAUGUUAAUCAUUCUUGCUCGAAUUGAGUGCCCCAAUGUUUUGCUGCAUUCAACUUGUAUUCCUGAACUUUUCGGCAAAUUAUUUAAAAUCGUCUUAUUUUCUGGAAGUUGUGUUUCAGUUGCCCAUUUUAGAAUGCCUCUGAUAUUUGCACCAUCAAAUGCGGAGUUGGGUUAGUUUGGGCUGACUGUCAUCGAGUGCAAUAGCGAAAGUUGGCCUUGGGGAAAUUAGCUUCAGCAAUCCAAUGUGUAUAUGGACUGGAUUAAUUGGAUUCCCAUUUCUGAUCACCGUGUUUCUGCCUGUUGUGAAGCUAGUUGUGGGUUAAUAGUUGAUGAACGCAAACUAAACUUGAGCAGUUGGUAUUCAUCAAAAUACAACAAAUAAAUGUUUUUAAGGGUUAACAUAUGGACAGUUUAAAAUAUGAAUCUUUAUUUGUUACUGUGUUUUAAAAGUAAGGGUGAUGUAUUUGUGAUGGAAAUCUGUAAGAGUGCAUAAGCCAGUCUAAUGCUUAAGGGAAGCUUUGUAUUAUAUUUUCAGUAAGACUUUGAAGCCAGGUUCUCUCUAUCCCUUGAACUGGAUGUGAAGAAGAUCCAGUGAAGAGGAUCAUUAGGUCUCUUUUGACCAUUUAUCCUUCAUCUGGACACUUAAUUCCUUGGGAACUGCCUGCUAGCAAGUUGGUUGUAACAUUUUCUAUAUUAUAGUGCUUAUGUUGCACAGGAUGUCCUGUGGUCAUGAAAUGUUUCAUAAAUUCCUUUUCCUUUUUGUAAAAUAGUUUCAAGGUGUACUUGAAAUUGAUCUGGGCCUCCUGUCUACUGUUUACCAGAGAGGAGAAAACCAUGUGGUCCCUCAAAUCUGCUCUGUCAUUUGAAUAAAAUCAUAACUGG